AUGCCUGUCUAUAAAGUAAAUGUAAAGUGGAAUUCAAAGAAAUUCAAUGACCUGGAGAUAGACACAGAUGCCUCGCCUCAAGACUUCAAGGCACUCUUAUUUUCUCUAACUGGCGUUCCACCUGAUCGUCAAAAAGUGAUGAUGCCCGGCGGUCUCCUUGGCGACACCUCCUAUGAUAAAAUUCGGCUUAGAAAUGGAGCAACUGUGAUGCUUAUGGGCUCUGUUGAUGAGCCGCCCUCCACUACGUCGGUUGAGUCUGCGGAUCCCGUCGCGCAGGUUCGAAAAGACCGAAAAAAACCAUCUCUCCCUGUUGGUAUAGUAAAUUUGGGCAACACCUGCUAUAUGAACAGUGCGCUGCAGCUUCUCUUUACUAUUCCUGAGUUCAGAGCCUUUUUGAAAAUACUGCCUGCCGAGUCGUUAAGCUCAAUGAACAUGGAGUCGAGAAAUGUAGUCAAUACUCUCCGCCUGACUUUCGAGUUAUUAGAAAGGACGAAUGAACCUGUCGUACCCUUCGCCUUCCUCGACGCACUUCACGCGGCCUUUCCUCAGUUCGCGACCCUCGAAAGGGGUGACAGCAAUCCAAUUGGCGGAAUUUCCAGGUAUCAGCAGCAAGACGCCAACGAGUGCUGGAUUGAAAUCGUGCGCGUCUUGCAGCAGGUCACUCUCGAUUCCAGCACUCUUUCUUCUAGUCAGAACAUUCCAGAGAGUUUCGGCACCGAGGGCGGCUGGAAUCUCGUGAGUCGUUUUCUCACUGGCCGUCUGGUCUCCACUCUUACUUGUACUGAGGGUGAUGAACCGCCGCAGGAAUCUGUGGACACCUUCUCUCAACUUUCUUGCUUCAUCGACAAGGAUGUGAAGUACCUGCACACCGGGCUUCGGAACGGGCUGGAGGGAACUCUUACUAAGAAUUCUGAGUCGUUGGAGCGUGAGGCGGUGUACAAGAAGGUCUCUCAAAUAUCACGACUCCCUGGUUACCUUUGCGUGCAGUUUAUCCGUUUCUUCUACAAGGAAAAGAAUCAGAUUAAUGCUAAGGUUCUGAAGGAUGUUAAGUUUCCACUGAGCCUGGACCUCUACGAAUUCUGCGCAAAAGACCUUCAGGCCAAACUGCUGCCUCAGCGCGAAAAGGCUCGUGCGGAAGACGAAGCCGAAGCCAUGGCCGUCAAAGCCCGAAAAGUCGACGCUUCAAAGGAAGAGGAGCCUUCUAAUCCAGAGGACAAUCCGGAACUCUACGAUCCCUAUUGGCUGUCAGAUGACCUUGGCUCUAGCGCCACCGGGCUCUACGAAUUGCAGGGCGUUCUCUCUCACCAAGGUCGCAAGAGUGUGGGCCACUACGUGGCGUGGAUCAAGCGUCGAGGCAGCUGGUUUAAAAUGGACGACCAACAAGUAUCGGAGACGACUGACGAAGAGAUUUUGAAGCUCUCCGGUGGCGGCGAAUGGCACAGCGCCUACCUGCUCCUCUAUGGACCUCGACGGGUGAAGAAGACAAUCACGACUCCCAGGGACGCGUAA